GGGAGGAGAGUGAUCUCUCUGCCGCAGCCAUGAGCUCAGUGCAGGCUUUGAGAGAGCUUAUCAAGGAGCAACUCGCUGCUGCCGCCGGGGAAAUCUUCACCGUGGUGGAGCAGACUCUGCUCCGCUACGAGGAGGAGAUUGACCGCCAGAAGAGACUCCUGGAGCUCAGCUGGAAGCCUCAGACCCAGCCGCACACAGCAGAGCAGCAACAGCACCAUGACUGUAGGGAGGAGCAAAUAAGCUGCUGUCUGGAGCUGAAAGAUCCAGAACUUCUACUGAUCAAAGAGGAACUAUCAGAACCAGACCCUCCACUGAUCAGAGAGGAACCAGAAGAACCAGACCCUCCACUGAUCAAAGAGGAACUAUCAGAACCAGACCCUCCACUGAUCAGAGAGGAACCAGAAGAACCAGACCCUCCACUGAUCAGAGAGGAACUAUCAGAACCAGACCCUCCACUGAUCAGAGAGGAACUAUCAGAACCAGAACCUCCACUGAUCACAGAGGAACCAGAAGAACCAGAACCUCCACUGAUCAAGGAGGAACCAGCAGAACCAGAAGCUCCACUGAUCAAGGAGGAACUGGAAGACACUGAGGGAAAGCUGCGGACCUCUAUCAGUGAGCUCUCUCGCCAGAUGGCGCAGGUUGGGCAGAAGCUGGAGGAGAAGCUGGAGCAGGCUUUCGUCACAUCGGAGCUGACGGAGCGAAGGCUGAAGGAGAGAAUCGCUGCGCUGGAGGCCAGACUUCACGGCUUUGCCAACGGCCACGGAAUAAAGCGGAAAAGACGAGCGCACAGUCCCAAAAUCGCAGAUACGGUUCGCAGACUGUAUAACUCGGAAGAAAACGUCAUGCGUUAUGAACCAGACCAAAGGCUGGGCUCGCCUCACAAUGAGGCGGUGACGUUGUAUUUAGUUCAAACUCUGGCUGCAAGUCCACAUUUGAAGGAUGUGGACAGAGACGCCAUUCUGUCCGCAUGUAAAACCUACUUUGAGACAUUGCGGAGGAACUUCCACUACAGCCAACCCGACAUGGCGGAUCAGGUUGAAGCCAUCAAGUCUUCUGCCCGGAGUCGCCAGAGAAGAAGGAGGCUGCUGGAUUCCAGGAAGACAGUCCUUGCUCCAGAGGAAAUUGAGUUGUGGGAGGGCGUCACAAUGGACAUGAUGUCCGACGAGGAGGACGGCAGCAUUGACGGGGUGUGUGGAUGGAUAGUGCGGCCUCCAUCCUUCCGCAGCCGGGAGCUAUCCGACCUGUGCGCCUCCCUCCAGGCGAGGCUCGAGGCUGACGUGAAGUACACGGCUUCACACCGCAGACGUCUGCAAAGUGGACAACCGUCCGACCGGAUGAAGCCAAGUAGAUACGACUCAGAGGCGGCAAAGAGACAUUUUAAACCCGAGUGAUGGACAAACUUGUCCUGCCCUAAUCUUGUUUUACAUUUCACUGU